AUGAAUGUUCAGGGAAAAGAAGAGGAGAGGCCUAAGCUAGAGAGGUUUGACGGGACGCAGCCAGCAACGUAUCGCAAGUGGAGAAGAAAGGCGGAGUUGAUGUUGCUGGCCUUACCGACCACCUACUCGAAGGAUCGAUGGGGUGCCAAGCUGAUGGAGUUUCUAUCGGGCGAAGCAGAAGAAGUGUGCGAAGGCAUUGCGCUCGAGAAGAUCAUCAAGGAAGGUGGCCACGAAAUCAUCUUCGAGACUUUGGAUGGUCGCUACAAGGACUUGCAAAAGGACGCCUUGCAAAAGCACUUGACGGAGUACUUUUAUGGGACAAGCAUCAAGGCUGGAGAGAGCUACAGGAACAUGACCAUUCGCCUGGAGACAGCAUACCGCAGACUGCAAGAGCACAAGGUGGAGCUGCCAGAUGAAGUGAGAGGCUGGUUCCUGCUGCGAAAGCUUCAGCUGGAGUCACAGGCAGAGGCCAUGGUGCUCACCCAUACUCGUGGGUCCCUCAAGUACGCAGACGUGAACAGUGCGGCGCAAGCGAUCUUUCCACAAGGAUGUGCUAAGACUGGUGGGGGCAAAUCUCGAGAAGUGUUUGAGACUGAGCUCCUCGAGGAACCUGGAAAGACGAACCAGGAGACAGAUGAGCUGGAUGGAGACGACGUGUUCCAGGUCAUCGCCGACCAGAUCCAGUCCCAGGAGACCUACGACGACGAGGAGGCGAUCGAGGUGUUUGAGUCCUACCAGGACAUCCGACGGAAAAUGCAGCAGAAGAAGAUGGCCCGCGGCUACAAGGCAACAGGCACAGGAUCGACAUGGACUUUGUCGGGGACAGUGCGUGGCAAGAUUGAGCAGCUCAAGGCGCGGAGUCGUUGCCACAUCUGCCAGGAACGUGGACAUUGGAAGCGGGAGUGUCCAAAACGUAAGCCCGGAGGAGCACAACAAGCAAGUGGAAAGCAGAGUCAGGCAAGCGCAAAGACCAGUCAGACCAGCGAGGCCAUGAUCAUGGACAGUGGUGGUGGCAGCGCCAUGGACAAUCUGAACCAAGAGUACUUCCUCGAGGCAGAAGACAUCGUCAAGUUGGACACCUUUCUGGCAGAGCAAUGCGGCCAGAGGGAGGGUGGCCCAGCAGGCUUAGAUGUCCUGCAUGCUGAUGGCGAAGAAGUGACAGGGGAUCUUGGGCAGAGUGUUUUUGAGUUUUUCCAGAAGCAAGGUCACGCAUCGGGCAGCGAGGCAUACAUGGCCGAUCUUGCUACUCAUGGGGUUCCAGACACUGCCUGUAGACGAACACUCAUAGGUGAAGCAGUUCUACAGCGCAUGUCUGAAGUACUGGGAAGGGUUGGGCUGCAAGUUUUAUUCGUGAGAGAGAGGCAUGAGUUCAAGUUUGGCAAUGCCGGGUUGAUUCAGACGGACAGAGCAGCCAUCAUUCCAGUACGGUUAGGAAGCCGACAGCUAGCAAUAAAGGCAGCUGUGCUGCCUGGUAGUGGCUCUGAAGCUCCACUGCUUCUUUCCAAGGAGAUCAGCGCCAUGAGCUAUCCGAGCACCGAUGUGGAGAUGCAGGGCGCGAACAACUUCGUUCAGACCCCUCUGAUUGCCGGCUUGAUUGCCGAGGUGCAGCCGCAGUUGGAGGCGCAGGACCAGGUGGAGCUGAGUGCGUCGAUCCUGGAUCAACUAUCAGAUCACGAAGAAGACGCGCCAGAAGGGCUCGUGCCAGGGCUAACAGGGCGAAUCAUCUUCAACGUCGGGAAGUAUCAGAAAGCAGGCGCAGCGGUGAACUUUGCGACGUCCUAUCUCACCGACAAGAGCUACGUGGCGUGGGUGCGGAAGUUCGUGAAGUCAGGCCCAGAUGCAGCGGGGAAGUCAUCGCAUCCGACAAUGACACAGUUCCGACUGUACGUGGCCUUGAGAGAUCAGCGCAAGUCGCAGAGAAUCCAGAGAGGGUCGGAGCCAGAACCAGCGCUGACAACACCGAGUCGCACAACGAGAGCAGUGACCGCAAUGAACUUGGGAGCAUCCCCCAAGGCGAAGAGCAGUCCAAAGCCGAAGCCAUCGCCCACAACAAGGCGUACAGUUACAUCGAGUCGAAGCCGCCAGAGUGCAGACAGGGCAGAUGUGACGGAGCUAGAGACCGAGCAUGCGGAGACUCCUUGGUUGCUGAUGCCACAUCCAGAGGAGACAAGGAUGUCGUGCACGGAGAGCGAGAGGCGCCGCCAGUUGCUGAUGAGUCAGAUCGAGGCCCUGCACCUCGAGCUGGAGCGCCUGAACGAGGACUUCGAGAGCGGCGUGUGUGUGGUUCAGGGUGGCAUGGAUGUGUUGCUGUUGGAGGGCAGUGAGAAGCUGUCUAUGAUCACGGCAGUAGGUCUUGAGUGUGAAACGUGUAGCGCUUUGAGCCGUCCCAAAUCCCAUAAUGUGACUAAGAUGCGCAGGGCUACGGAGUUCAAUCAGCAAGUGUGCAUUGACACGUUUGAGCUUGAUGUGAGACAUGCUAAAGUGCAUUUCUUGAAUAUCGUUGAUGAGGCCACCGGGUUUCAGAUGUGCACUCCGUUGUGGAAGGGUAUGCAGGCUAGACAUGUGCGAAACGCAUAUCGCAAGUCAUGGAAACGAUGGGCCGGGCCUCCUGUGAGACUGUUCUGUGACGGGGGCAAGGAGUUUGAAGGGGAGUUCGAACAUGGACUUUCGUUGGAUGGCACUUUUAGCGACGCGUCGGCUGCAUAUGCUCCAUGGCAGAAUGGACUUGUGGAAAGAAAAGGGGCUGUUUGGAAAGCGGCUUAUUCAAAGGCUCAGAUGGAGACGUAUCCUAGAAGCAAACAAGAAACCCAAGAGCUCAUUGAUCAGGUCAACAAUGCUGUGAACAGUAUGUCACGUGUUGAAGGGUUUUCGCCUUUUCAGCAUGUGUUUGGUAGAGAUUUGAGGGUGCCUGGCAUGAUUAGUUCCGACUAUGAUCCGGUCAUCAACUCGUCGCUGGCGCAGGGUGAGAGUGUGUUUGAGAGAAGAAUGGAGCUGAGAAAGGCAGCAAGAAGGGCCUUCCUUGAUGCUGAUGCCGAGAACAAGUUGCGCAAGGCAAUGGAGCAUCGGAAUCGUCCUGAGAGGGGUCCUUUUUCUGAGGGUCAGCUGGUGUAUUUUUGGAGAAAGAGUCGAUUUGAAACCAGGCAUCAUUGGCAUGGACCGGCUGUUGUGAUAGGGAAGAGCGGUAGCUCCAAAGUUUGGGUAGCUAAGGGAACGAAGGUGUACCGAUGCUGCCCUGAACAGCUGCGAAGUUUAUCGCCCGAGCAAGAGGCCAUGAUUAGAUUGCUGCCAGCUGAUAUGGUGCAUGUACGCAAUGAGGUCAGUGCGAAGGGUGCUGGGAACUUUUAUGAUUUGAGCAUGCUUGACAAGCCACCAGAUUCGCACGUAGAGGAAAGAUCUGAGCAGGACGAGCGUGAGAACGCAGUAGCAGCUCCUCCGAUGGACUUGGUGUCAGGGCAUGAGAAUGCAAUAGCAUCUCCCCCGAUGCAGUUGGAGUCAAGCCCGGAUCAAGCAGUUGAGUUGGCCGUGCUCCCUGAACAGCGCCCUAGGCGUGAGGAUCCUAGAGAUGAUGAUGCUGGAGACGUCUCUCCAAGCAAAAAGCAAAGGGUCGAGCCUGAAGUGACGCCCUUGACGCGUGCUAUGCGUGCAAGUACGGAGUUGCUAGACCAUGGUCGUAGAUUGAGCGCGAGAGCUGAGUCCUCACAGAGGCCUUCUGAGAUCCCUGUGCCUGAGGACGAUGAAGAUGAUCUUGAAGUGAUCGUCGUUGAGGGUCAAGAUCAUUGGGUGAUUGACCAUUCGCAGUCGCGCCUGGUGCGUGUGCAUGUUGUGGAAAGAUGCGUGCCUUGGAGUCCGUCGGACCAUGAGUUGCCUGUUCGCGUGGAAGAUGUGGAGUUGGUCUGUCAGUCUGUGAUGUAUACCAGAAGUGGUGAGCGACACACGCGUGAUUACGAAUGGCGCAACGUGAUGCACGAAUCAAGUACAGGGGUUGGAAAAUGGACAGGGCAGACUGUGUUUCAGCUCAAGCCAGGUUGGUCGCGACAAAGUGCAUCAUCGAUCGAGUGCUUUGAGGUUGGCGCAACGAAGAAGGGCCGAAAAGAAGUCAUUGAGUCCGAGCUGAGUCAAAAUCAGCAAGCGGGUCUGAAGAAGGCCAAGCUCAAGGAGUGGAACAAGUUGUUGAAAAGUGGAGCGAUUGUUGUUCACACGGGUCGCAAGGCAGCUCAGUUGAGGAAGUCUGUGCCUCGAAAGCGCGUCUUGAAAUCGAGAUUUGUUGUAACUGAGGCUGAACAGGGAUCACACCCUGACACGUGUGAUUUGAAGGCCAGAUGGUGCAUUCGAGGCUACCUUGAUCCAGAUGUGUUGGAGCUUGAUACGAGCGCUCCAACCUUAUCCGCAGAAGGAUUCGCAGUCGCAAUGCAACUAAUCGCGAGUCAUGGCUGGCAAUUGACAAUUGCCGAUGUUGAGGGUGCAUUUUUGCGAGGUGACAACUUGAGUCCACAGCGCGGAAGAUUGUUUAUUGACAUGCCUCCAGGUGGAAUCGAGGGCUACGAUGAUCAGUGUCUUGUUGAGGCAAUCAAAACAGUGUAUGGGCUUGCCGAUGCUCCGAAAGCCUGGUGGAAUUGCUUCAGUGGCAAACUCAAAGACCUCAACAUGCAAAUGUCGGAGUUUGACCCAUGCGUGUUUUAUUACUACCACAGCGGCCGACUAGAAGGAGUGAUCACACUCCAUGUAGACGAUUUAUGCAUGGGAGGAAGUCUCAAAUUCCAACAGUCUGUGCAGCAGCCACUUAGGCAGAUGUUUCCUUUCAAACAUUGGAAAACACAACAGGGAGAGUUUUUGGGCAAAUGGCUUGAACAACAAAGCGAUGGGAGCAUCAAGAUUUCUCAAGAGCAGUAUGCUAGUUCUGCGAAGGGCAUCGAGAUUUCUAAAGAGAGACGUCGUGAGAAGAGUGAACUUGUGGACGAGAGUGAGAGACAGCAGAUGAGAGCUGCCCUGGGGGGCAUCAACUGGUUAGUCAGUGGCAGUCGCCCGGACUUAGCUGCAUGGUGUUCCUUGAUGCAGCAGCGAGUCAAUUGCGCAUGCGUCUCUGACCUGAUAGAAGUGAACAAGCUGUUAAGCCUGGCUCGCGAUCAUAGCAAGUCUUACAUAUGGGUAAAGCCCAUUCCAGUAGAUUCAGUUCAGUUUAGCGUGCUCACCGAUGCUGCCUGGGCCAAUGCUCAAGAUCACUGCAGUCAGGCUGGCUACAUGAUUGCCGCGUGUGACAGUCGACUGUCAGCGGGCUUGGCAGAGGCUCGAUGGGUGCGUUCUAUGUGGUGCGAAGCCAUAUGCGAAAGUUACGCGCUGCAUGAGGAUCUAGCCUUCAGUGUCAAAGUGCCCAUCACAGCAGUCAUUGACUGCAAGCCUGUCUUCGAUCAUGCCAAGAGCUCCACAGUAUCCAUCAAAGACAAGAGAAUGGCCAUCGAAAUGCUGCUCUUGAAGAAAGACAUAAGCAAGUAUGGCAUCAGUCUGAGAUGGAUGGCAACGAGUCAGAUGAUCGUAGAUGUGCUCACGAAGCGAGGGGCACCGAUGGCCUUGUUCCGACAAGUCUUAAAGGUCUCCUUUACUAUCCUAGGAUAUCUUGAGGAAGCUCGAUGGAAAGGUGAAGAUGUGGCGGGCGCCCUUCGACUCGGAGGAUCCUUGCCUGGGCGGCCCAGGCUUGACCCCCAGCUCCGGGCCGCCCUCGGAGGCAACGAUCUUCCGUCAUCUGCCAAGUUGCAUGUCUCGGCAGUGAAGGGUACGCCUCGCCUGCCUUCACAAACGGCCGCGCCGGUCGGAGUGGAGGACAGCCGCGACAAGGAUGAUAGCCGGUGGGGAACGAACUCCUGGAGUGGGAGCUCCUGGCGCUCGGACGCAAGGCGAGGCCCCGCAGCCGAACCUGCAGCCAAGGGAGGCUCCGGCGAAGGGCGAGGUCGUUCUGCUUCCGUGAACUUGACGGCGCUGGAGGCGAGCACGGGCUGA